AUGGCCCACAUCCAGAAGGAUGACGCCGCCAGACAUGACGCCGAGCAGCAGGUGGACAUGAACGAGAAGACUAGCGUCCAAGUCGUGACAGAAAAGCAGCCUUCUUCUGAAGUCUCCAGCGGCCCUCCAUCAGACGGCCCUGCUCCCGUCCCGCUCUCGUGGAAGCUUGCCUCUGUCCUCCUCGUGACAUUGAUUUGCUUCGGAUCUAAGUGGAGCUCCGGCAUCACGGCGGCGAUGAAGACGACCAUGAAGAAGGAGCUGAAGAUCAACAACACUCAAUUCGCGCUGCUGGAAGCCAGCGAGGAUUUCAUGACUACCUGCCUGAUCCUUGUCAGCGGCCUUGUCACCGACCGCAUCGGAGGUGCCAGGGCUAUUUUGUACGGUAACGCGAUUUACUCCGUCGGUUCUAUCCUCGUGGCAGGCGCCGCGCAAUCCCGCUCGUACAAGUUCAUGAUUGUGGGAAGAAUCAUAUCUGCCCUCGGUGACAUCUCCACCCAGAUUGCCCAGUACAAGGUCUUCUCCUCUUGGUUUGCUCCCGGAAAUGGCUUUGCAUCUACUCUUGGUCUUGAGCUCGGCAUUGGUAAGAUUGGCGCGUUUGCCGGAAAGUCGUCAUCCAACAUCAUUGCUAAAAAGACUGGAAACUUCGCCUGGGUCUUUUGGGUCGCCGUCUUCAUGAACCUCUUCACCAACGUCAUGACCGGGGUCUUCUACUGGUUUACCAAGGUUGCUGACCGCAAGUAUGCCGGCGUCAACGACCCUGCUACCGGCGAGAAGCUGGCAGAGAAGAGCAAGAAACUCGAGAUCAAGAAGGUCCUUCAGAUGCCCUGGCCUUUUUGGUGUGUUCUUCUGUUCUCUCUGUUUGAGACUAGUGCCGCCGUUGUUUUCUCCCAGAAUGCCACCGAGCUCGCUGAGCAGAGGUUCAAGACGGACUCCAUCGCUGCUGGCUGGUACAGUUCUCUCUCGCAGUAUGCUGGAUUCUUCAUCGUUCCCAUUUUGGGAAUUUUCAUCGAUAUCUGUGGUCACCGUGUUAGCACCAUGGUAUUCUGCGGCACCGGUGUGUUCAUCGCUAUGCUUCUUGUUACAUUCUCGACUGGUAAAGAAGGCGCAGCCGCGUCUUUCGGCGUCUUCGCCUUCGCCUUAUCAUUUGGCCCUACAUCCAUCAUCGACAGUAUCCGCACCAGCAUGUGGGACAGCAACUACUUCGGAACUGCCUACGCACUGAAGAUUAUGAUGAACAAUUCUAUGAAUAUCAUCGUCCGUGUUAUCACUGGCAGAAUCCAAGAUGCAGACAACAACUCAUACGAUAGAGUCACGAUCGUGUACACUGUAUUGGCGGGCUGCUCUGUGGCAGUCUCUUUGGUGCUCAUUCUCCUCUCUUGGCGAUCUAUUGAUCUUCGACAGUUGCAAUGGGGCCGCAAGAAGCGCAUCACUCGUGGAGAUCUGAUCAACGAGAGGAAGGCUAGAUUCUGGGGGGAGAAAGGAGAGACGAACAAGAAGAUUUCCAUGUUCUGUUUCUCUCUUCUAUGCCUUCUGACGCUCGGAGGGUGGAUUGCCUACUUUUGGGGUGUGGCGACUGGAAAUAAUUAUUAG